AUGCUCCGCCCGUUCCCUCGGAACCGCAGGGCAUUCUACUUGCUACUGGCCUGCGCAGCAACCUCCAUAUGCUUCAUCAACCUUCUGUUCCUCACCCAUGCGGUCGACAGCUCCGUAAUCCGCCUCCCUAAUCUGGGGCUCUUCACCGCAACAACGAACCCCGUGUUCGGAGAGUAUGCGCACGAUGAACACCCUAUUGCCGACCUGAUGAAAGAAGCGGACCGGAAAUGGCUGGAAUAUGACCAUGGUCGCUCGACAAGUUUCCGCCGAACCGUCGCCAAAUACCGCGAGACAUAUGGACGACACCCACCUCCCGGUUUCAAGGAAUGGUACAUGUUCGCACGCAAAAAGAAUUCGCAUAACGUGGACGACUUCGAACAGAUUACGGGCGAUCUGCGACCUUUUUGGGCGGUACCUCCAGCGGAAAUUCGACAGAUGGCAGCCAAGCUACAAUUCAGCGACGGGAUUGCAGGUGUGCAGAUUCGCAAUAAGAAGGUUGUUUACUCCCCCAUUGAAGGGUGGAGAGUUGAAACACUGAGAAAGUCGAUUAAACGCAUUGCUCGGUAUCUGCCGGACAUGGAUAUUGCGCUUAAUAUUUUGGAUCAACCGCGAGUCAUGGUUACAUUCGAGGAUACCCAGGAAUACCUCCGUACCGAGGCCCUCACCAGAAACUUACCCAGCGAUGCGCAGGAUCAAUUCACUCCAGGCAUGAAACACCUGUAUAAUAAAGAUUCCACCAUCGAGGAUCGUGUUGACCCGUCUUGGUUCUCCAUCGCUGGAAAGCUUUAUAUGGACUUCGCCAAAGAGUCCUGUGACCCUGACUCCCCUGCUCGGAAUGCCAAUCUCACUGUGGAGGAUGCCGAUAAGCUAUACAAAUCGCCCUUGGGUGGGUUUAUCACCAACUUUACUGCAUCCUCUGAUCUAUGCACUGUCGGUUCCGUUCUCGGGGAGAACCACGGGUUUUUGUUCUCAGCAUCCAGCAAUAUCAUCACAAGGAAACUGAUCCCGGUCUUCAGCGAGUGCAAGGUUAGCGUGAACAACGACAUCCUUUUUCCCGCGAAUAUGUAUUUCAUGAACGACAAGCGGUACGUGUACAAUUCGCGACACGAUUACAAGUGGAAAGACAAAGCGGACACUCUCCUCUGGCGCGGCGUCACCUCCGGGGGUGUUCAACUUGCGGAUAAUUGGCAGCAUAUGCAUCGCCAACGCUUUGUGCACAUUACCAACAGUACUGAUAUGAGGUCAGAGACGGUCUCCAUCCUCUCUGAGACCAGCCCGGGCCGGUAUCAUACCUAUCCCAACUUCUCCCCAAGCAAAUUUUCACUGGACCACUUCGAUGUCGGCUUCACUGAGGCUUGGGGCUGCAUCCCGAACUGCUCCUUCUACGACGAUGUUUGGACCUACAAAAAGCCCAAGGACUUCAGCGAGCAGUUCAAGGCAAAAUACCUCGUCGACAUUGACGGCCACAGCUUUUCCGGUCGCUGGCGCGCAUUUCAGCUCAGCAAGUCGCUGGGCAUCAAAGCAACUAUUUUCCGAGAAUGGCAUGACUCCCGACUCUUCCCCUGGCGUCACUUCGUCCCCAUGGACAAUCGCUACGAUGACCUGUACGGAUUAAUGACCUACUUCCUCGGUCUCGACCCAGAAGUAUCCCCCGUCGAUGCAUUCUCAGUUGGCGAACCGUACAUCCAGAAGCAUGACUUUGAGGCCGAGGUAAUCGCAUCUCAAAGUCAGGAAUGGGCGCAGCACGCGCUGCGCAACGCGGAUCUUGACAUCUAUCUCUAUCUCCUUCUCCUUGAGUACGGACGCAUCAUUGAUGACAACCGCGAUAGCAUUGGGUACAGUGGCGACGGAAGUGAGCUGGACCACUUCGACGAUCAAUAUCCUUUUCCUCCAGCGUUACCUAGUAUCGUCAACCCUCUUACCCGGAACACUGAUGAACAAUGA